CCUAUUCCCACUCUCCAAUAAUGUUCGCUCGCAUUCACCUCCCCCUCUUCCUGCUCGCCCUUCUACUCGCUCUGAUGGUGCUAGCGAACCCAGCACCAGGCCAGGAAAGCCUGACAAACGCACAACGGUUCGCCCGUGGUUUGGGACCAAAAGCGCCCAAGAGGCUGUUCGUCCCGUCCAACUCUGAUGCCAAGAGAGCGCCCGCACCGGAGGAGGAGAACCUGACUAACGCGCAACGGUUUGCCCGGGGACUGGGGCCCAAAGCCCCAAGGAGGCUCUAUAUCCCGUCUAUAUCUGACAGUGCGUUUGUCCCACAUUCACCCCAUGCGAUGCCGAUCAGGAUACAGCUGCCAAGAAAGCACGAGCGUCGUAGAUAAUUUCCUCUUCCGCGCUAGACCCGUUCUUGUCCGAAUUCGGGCGCUGUCGUUCGCUCGUUGUUAUCGUACAUUGGGUGGAUCAAACUUCCUGUUGAUUGUUGAGGUGUUAUACCAUAUCUAUACAAGUUAGAGCGGUCCUCUGUAGUUUGUCGAACAAUCAUGUUUCGCCAAGGAUAAUCAUAUUGGCAUGUUCCCUCUAUUCCUUCGCCCGUGAACAGAGAUCGGCAUGUUGACGGGCAGGACGGACCGGACGGAGCACAAUUGCCCGGAAUGUUGUGACACAACCCAACAGUCCGCCGUGCCUCGCUCGACCAACAACAAUGCUGUCCACGGUCCGGGGGUACACAUCCCAUCCCUCCGUCGUGCCCUUCGGCCCAGAACUGCGCACCCGUCCAGCCGUGAUACGAGCUAUGUCCGUCCUGUGUUCCUAGAUCGUCAACAACGGCCUGCUUCUUCCGCCUGGUGUAGCCUAUUUGGGUGAAAUAACGGCAGGUCUACCCCUCUUCUUUCCAAAUACAGCCACGUCAUCCCCCUACCAUGUUAGCGCGUCUACACCUCGUCUUCCUCAUUCUGGCCGUGCUGCUUGUGCCUGCUCUGACAACCCCCACACCAACCGAGGGGAACAUGACGAACGCAGAGCGGUUUAGACGAGGGCUGCCGCCCAACCCCCCGAAGAGGCUGUAUAUCCCAUAUGGAUACAGCUGCGCGGAAGGCACGGCGUUCCUGAGACGGCUCGAAGACGUAGGCAACGGGUUAUCAUCGCUCCUAUCCGGCUCUGACUCUACCACAGCAGUAAGGUCCGUCUUCUUGUCGACUUAACACGGGAUAACGCGAGGGAUGGACCGAAUCGCAUAUACCAACUCCAGUUCGUGUCAUCUCCUUCGUGUCUCGUAAUCGACUCACGAAAGCGGCAGCAUCCAAUUUCU